AUGUCUCUCGAAACCGUGACUGUCGAGCAUCUGCCAGCCUCGCACAAGGUCCAUGUUGCCCUAUUCCGUGACGUACGGAACGCGGCCUUUUUGCACCAGCAGCUCCUCGGUCGGAAUCCGGACUUUGAGUACGCCUUUAUCGAUGCCUCCGUGGUGAGUUCCGGUCCCAUCACAUCAGUCACCAGCGCUCGUGCCAAGUCCAAGUCGGGGCUUCAAUUAUUAUCCGCCGUCUUCAAGGCUACGUCGGCGGCCGUGAAUGGUGCCCUGAGGACCCCCAACGUUCACUCCGAGAUUGUCUCCUCAAUGAGCUCUUCCAAUAACAUUGCCGAUGCGUACCGCCGGUAUGGCAUCUCCCCUUCAACCAAGGAUCUCAUUGUGGUCAAGGUCACCUUUCCAGCGGACAAUGGCGCCGAGCUCCUGACCCAUGACCAGGUCUGGGAGCAUCUCAAGGCCAAUGUUGAGGGAGAAGCAUCACCCGUUACAGACGAGCAGAUCGCUACUACCAGUGACGUAGCCAAAGUGCGCAAGUACUACAAGCUGAAUGGCUUGAAGUGGCUCGAUGAGAUCAAGGACGACAAUGUUAGGCAGAGGGAGAUGGAGUCACUCGUCAUCAGUGCAAUGGCUCUACGUGGAGUCUGA